AUGCUGCUGCCUGGCACACAGCUGGUUCGCCGGCCUCUCCACUGCAUCCGUGCUUUGGGCCACCUGCCCUCACGCUCCCUCAUGAAUCUCGGGGAGCUCCUUUCUGCCCUGAAUGACUUUGCAUCCCUCUCUCUGGCUGAAAGCUGGGACAAUGUGGGGUUGCUGGUGGAACCGAGUCCUCCCCACACUGUGGACACCCUUUUCCUCACCAACGAUCUGACUCAGGAGGUGAUGGAAGAGGCAGUGCAGAAGAAGGCAGACCUUAUUCUUUCUUACCACCCUCCUAUAUUCACGCCGCUCAAGCGAGUAACGUGGAAGACCUGGAAGGAACGGCUGGUGGUCCAAGCCCUGGAGCACAGAAUUGGGAUUUACUCUCCGCAUACAGCAUACGAUGCCAUACCUCAUGGAGUCAAUAACUGGCUAACAAAGGGACUCGGUGCCUGCACUUCUGUCCCACUGCAUCCAUCAACUGCGCCAAGCUACCCAGCUGAGGGCACUCACCGAGUAGAAUUCUGCGCAGGUAACGCUGAGCAUCUGGACACGGUGCUGUCCAAAAUCAAAGACAUCCAAGAAAUCUCCUGUCUCACUACUCUCCCUGCCAGGAUUGAAGGUGAGGAGCAAACACGAGUCAGUUUGAACUGCUCUCAGAAAGCACUGUUGGAGGUGGUGGCAUUGUUGUCCCAGAACAGCCUUCUUUAUCACAAGAUGGAGAUUCUCUUAUUACAAAAG